AUGACUCGCCUUCAUAGAUUGCCUUUGUUGGCAGCCUUAGGAUCACUUGCCCUGGCCAGCCAAGAUGCCUUCGAAUUUAAAUGUCUCAAGUUUGGUGAUGAAAUCAAUAUUCCCAGUGUCAAAGUCAACUUUGCCGAGUUUGUGCAGGGAGGCACCAACUUGUCCUUGGCGGACAACCCGCCUAGUUGCGGUAGCUCAAACCAGGAGGUCUCGGUAGACCUUUGCCGAGUCGCCAUGGCCGUCGCCACCUCGAACAACAGCGAGAUCACACUAGAGGCUUGGUUCCCUCGUGAAUAUAAGGGCCGUUUCUUGAGCACCGGAAAUGGCGGCAUCUCGGGGUGUAUCCAAUACUAUGAUCUUGCAUAUACUGCACAACUAGGGUUUGCUACCGUUGGUGCCAACAACGGACAUAAUGGUACCUCAGGAGAGCCUUUCUACCGCCGCCCUGAAGUAAUCAAAGACUAUGCAUACCGCUCUGUUCAUACGGGAGUUGUAAUAGGCAAGGAGCUCACCAAGCAAUUCUACGAAGAGGGCUUCAACAAGAGCUACUACCUUGGAUGUUCGACCGGUGGCCGUCAAGGUUGGAAGUCGGUUCAAAAAUAUCCUAAUGACUUUGACGGGGUGGUUGCUGGUGCCCCUGCUAUCAAUCUGAUUAACUUGUUUUCAUGGAGCGGUAGUUUCUAUCGCAUCACUGGCUCCCCAACUUCCGAUACAUUCCUGUCCACAUCUGAAUGGAAGAUCGUUCAUGAAGAGAUCAUCCGCCAAUGUGAUACGAUUGACGGCGCCAAAGAUGGAAUCAUCGAGAAUCCCGACCUCUGCCGCCCCGUCUUGGAAACAUUGACCUGUGACCCAACUGCCUCAAACAAAACAAGCUGUCUUACCAGCGCCCAAGUCAACACCGCCCAGCAAGUGUUAUCGCCACUGUAUGGAAUUAAUGGCACCCUGCUAUACCCCCGCAUGCAGCCUGGCUCCGAAAUUCUGGCCGCACCUAUCAUGUACAAUGGCAAACCAUUCCCAUACAGCGAAGACUGGUACCGUUACGUCGUCUACAACAAUCCGUCCUGGAGCGGGGCCAACUUUACAGUGAAAGAUGCUGCUGUCGCUCUCGCCCAGAACCCGUACAACAUACAAACGUGGGAUGGCGACAUAUCUCCAUUCAAAAAGGCCGGUGGCAAAAUCCUGCACUACCACGGCCUCCAAGACCAGCUGAUCAGCUCCGAAGACUCUAAAAUGUACUAUUCCCACGUCUCAAACACCAUGAAACUCCCACCCGCCAAGUUGGAUGAAUUCUACCGCUUCUUCCCUAUUAGCGGCAUGGGCCAUUGCGGUGGUGGGGAUGGUGCCUAUGGCAUUGGCCAGGGAAUCGGUACUUACGAUGGAACCAAUCCCCAGGACAAUGUGCUUAUGGCCAUGGUUCAGUGGGUCGAGGAAGGCAAGGCACCGGAGACCGUUCGUGGUGCUAAGUUCUCUAGUGGUCCUGGCUCUAAGGUCGAGUACAAGCGCAAGCACUGCCGCUGGCCUCGACGCAAUGUGUUCAAGGGGCCUGGGAAAUACACCGAUGAGAAUUCUUGGCAGUGCGUUUAG